UGGGCAUGGAACUGGAUGCUCUUAGACACCUUAAUAAUAUUUUCCACGGGAUUAAUAAAAAGUACCCUUCUCUCCUCUGCUCUGUGGUGUCGUAGAUGGAGGCUUUCGCUAGGUGGCGAUGAGUACAUAAAUAUCUUGCACAUCAGCUGUCAUCCACUGUUCUUCUUCUAUCCGCCUUAUCUUCUUUCCCACAAGCCUUUGCAGGGCAGCGCUGAAUUCGUGACCUCCAGACAGAGCAUUGCACAAAAUAAUCUGAAGAUGUCUGCAUUCGCACGCUGGUGGGGCAAGGUGAGCCCAUACUACACCAAGGCUUACCAGGAGAUGUGGGUUGGUGUCGGAAUCAUGACAUACCUAUACUACAAAGUCUCCUUCGCAGGAAAGAAACCAGUAGAAGCAAGUGCCCACCCUGCAAGUGCCCCCAGCCACGCUGCCGCAAGCGCAGCCCCCAAAGCAGCCGCAGCAGCAGCGGCAGCAGCCACCGCGGCAGCGGCAGUAGCGGCCGCCAGCCCCGAGGUCGCCGGCGACGUCACCAUGAACGACAUUCUGCAGAGGCAACACAAAAACCUCAUCCUGGAGGAGAGGAAACUGAACCUGGAGAUUGAGAAAUUGGAACUUGAGAAAGCCAAACUGCUGUUUAAGUAGCUGUGAAACCAAGAACAUAUCCCCGUCAGUAUGAAAGAGAUUAGCACUGGAACUCAGACCAUCUUGUGUACAGUUAAUAAAAUUGUAUAAAAAUCCGA